AUGAGCUCAACAGAAGCACCAGCAAGUCUACCGAACUUCAAGGAGUUCCCAAUCUAUAUUCCUGUUCAUCCAAGCGUAAAACCAAAUACAGAAUUCGGAAGUUUACUCCUACUACGAGAGAUCGAGGAGCAGCUUCUGAACAUCAAAAGCAGUGCUGAGUCAUUCAUCGAUUAUGCCAGCUCGAACCCUCAACUUGUGUCGAAUCCAGGCUUCAAAUCUUAUUCUGAACAAAUCUUGAGCUCGUUUGAGAAGCUAUAUUUGGCUAAAACUAAGCUCCAAGCUCUUCAGCAGGCCUUGAAGAACACACACAGGGAGCUUGUUGAAAACCGCCGAAGUACUCUAGAACUUACGCUUUCAAACUACGACUCAUGCAAGGAGCUUGUGAGAAAAAACUUCGCCGACGGUUUCAGCGAUGAUCUAGACGAGAUCAUCAAAGAGAAGCUGGGUGCACGUUUCGAGGAGCUUCUACACCGUGACCCUUCGUUUAAUUUCAUAAGAAACUCCUUUUUCGUUCUACAGUUUCCUGAGGAUCCCUUGCAAGACGAAACGGUUGACGAGGAAUUGGCCGUGGAGGGCGGAAAGAUAUCCUUGAAAGAUCCACUCUCGAUGAACUACUUCACGGAUCCCGUGGUUUCGAAAAAAUGCUCCCACGUGUUCGAGAGACAUCAUAUCGUUCGCCAGAUUAGAAGCACGAGAGAGAAGUACGCUUGUCCGGUGACGGGUUGUGAUGCAUAUCUUACUGAAGGGGACUUAUCUCCCGAUAAGCUUAUGAAACUUAGAGUCAAGGCCUACAUGGGUAUGACGAAGAAGAGAGACCACGAGUCAGUGGUGAGGAUUUAG